AUGGCAUCUAAAAAAACUACAAGUGGCAAUAGAUUUGACGUGGGAUGGCAAUAUGGUAUAGAUGUUGACAAGAAUUCAAAAAGAGUGCAGUGCAAGUUUUGUCAGAAAAUUAUCAGUGGAGGCAUUUACCGUUUCAAGCAUCAUUUGGCUUGCACUCGAAAGGAUGUUGAGCCAUGCCAGCGAGUACCAGAAGAUGUUAAGAAGAUAAUUUUGAAUGUUCUGGUGAAAAAUCAAGAAGCAUCUGAGAAGAAAAGAAAGGCUUUCCAAUAUAUUGGAAAGAAAAACCCUGAAUUUGUUAAAGCACUUGAAUUGGUUGCAAAGCAUGGGCCAGGUUUUAAGCCCCCAUCCUACCAUGAUAUUAGAGAGAAAUAUUUGAAGCAAGAAGUAGAUCACACGAUCAACUUGCUUGAAGAGUACAAGUUAGAAUGGAAAAAAACAGGUUGCUCAAUAAUGUCUGAUGGAUGGACUGAUAAGAAAAGGCGUUCUAUUUGCAACUUUUUGGUUAAUAGUCCUAAAGGGACAAUUUUUUUAUCAUCCGUAGAUACCUCUAAUAUAUCCAAGACUGCUGAUAAAGUAUUUGAGAUGUUGGAUGCUAUUGUGGAGAGGAUUGGAGAGGAAAAUGUGGUGCAAGUAGUCACUGACAAUGCUGCAAAUUAUAAGGCAGCAGGGCAAUUAUUGAUGGGAAAAAGAAAAGGAUUGUUUUGGACACCAUGUGUUGCCCAUUGUAUUGACUUGAUAUUGGAAGAUUUUGAGAAGAAACUAGAGGUCCAUAAAGUAACUAUUGCUAAUGGGAGGAGAAUCACCUCAUACAUAUAUUCAAGAACUAUUCUCAUUUCCAUGCUCAGACACUUUACAAAAGGAAAGGAUUUGAUUAGGCCUGCUGCCACUAGAUUUGCUACUGCAUACUUAACUCUUGGAUGUUUGAGUGAUUGUAAGAUACAGUUGAUGACAAUGUUUACUUCCAUCCAAUGGAGGUCAUGUAGGUUUUCAAAAACAGAAGAAGGGAAACGAAUUCAAAGUUGUGUUUUGGACAGCAAGUUUUGGCAUGAUGUUACUACAUGUAUUAAGGCAGCAUAUCCUCUGAUAAAAGUUCUUCGAUUAGUUGAUUCAGAUGAGAAACCAGCUAUGGGUUUUAUAUAUGAAGCAAUGGAUCAAGCAAAAGAGAAGAUACAAGUGAAUUUUGGUUAUGUGAAAAAAAGUUAUAUGCCUAUAUGGAAUAUCAUUGAUGCAAGAUGGGAACUUCAACUUCACAGACCUUUACAUGCAGCAGCAUAUUAUUUGAAUCCUCAUUAUCAUUAUAAUUCUAAUUUUAAAGUUAAUGCCAACAUUAAAAUUGGAUUAUAUCAAUGCUUAGAAAGAAUGGUGUCCGACGCAAGUGAAAGGUGUAAAAUUGACUUGCAACUUGAUUCAUUCAAGGAUGCAAGUGGGUUGUUCGGUAUUGAGGCUGCUAAGAUAACAAGGGAUAAAAAGACUCCAGCUAAAUGGUGGGAUUCUUAUGGGGAUGAAUGUCCAGAGCUACAAAAAUUUGCAAUUCGAGUUCUAAGCUUGACUUGUAGUUCAUCUGGAUGCGAGCGAAACUGGAGUGCAUUUGAGAUGGUUCAUACAAAACGAAGAAAUCGUUUGCACCAGAAAAAAAUGAAUGACUUGGUAUUUGUAAUGUGCAAUCUGAAAUUAAAUGAUAACCAAGUCAAAAGGCAAGCUAAUGAUUUUGGUGAAGUUUUUGAUCAUCUCUCAUCUGAUGAUGAUUGGAUAACCGAGGGAGAGAAACAUGAUGGUUCAUCCAACUUUGAUUUGCUUGGUGUCAUUGAUAGUGCAACACGAAGGAAAAACGGUAAAGAAGAUGAAAGUGAUGAUGAAGAAAAUCUUAAUGAUGUUGGGAUGGAGUGUCAUGGAACUGAAGAUGAUUUAGAGAUUCAGAAUGAUGUCAAUCCAGAUAAUUCAAGGAGCUUGGAGUUAAAUAUUGUUGACAAUAUUGGUGUUGGUCCUGGUACUAGUAGUAGCACUAAUGUUCCUAAUAUCGGUGCUGGUACUAGUAGUAGCAGUAAUAAUCUUUUAGAUGGUAAUGAUUUUGAUGACUGUUUUAGGAAUAAUGAGAGAGACAAAGGCAAUGAGGGUGUGUUUAGUUUACAUGACACACCUACAGACUUAAAUAAAGUGUCGCCAGUUGCGUCGAGGGAGACGAGAAAUGAAGGAGAGGAGCUGGCAAUUACUGCUCUUGUUACUGGAAAUACAGAGAAACCGAGUGAAGUGAAGGGAAAUGUUUUUGAGGCACUUGAUGUUCAUCCUUUUCGAUUUGCGUUUGCCAUUAGGAAUGCUCUCAGGUCUCUUAAAAGCAAAAGACAGAAAGCACGGUUUGAAGCAGAGCUUGAGAGGCUCAAAACGAUAUGA